CAUCACGUGACCGAACCAGGAAGUGAUCUCCUGGUCGAAAUUCCAAGAGUUAUAGGGUUCGGAUGUAAUGGCAGCAGGAGUAACGUUACAUGGCAGGUUGUCCCGUUAAUGAACAUUCGGCUGCAGGAGCGUUGGAAAAAUAGACACCAUCUGAUAUACCUUCUCUUACAAUGUCAGAGAUUGAGGACUGUCUAAGGCGCUUUCAGGCGGCUGUCGACGUCAUUCAAAGCCUACCCAAAAAUGGUUCCUAUAGACCCUCUUAUGAAGUGAUGCUGCGGUUUUAUGGUCUGUACAAACAGGCAAUCUGUGGCCCAUGUACAGCGUCACGCCCAGGAUUCUGGGACCCUGUUGGCCGUUACAAAUGGGAUGCUUGGAAUCAGUUUGGAGACAGUCGGGAGAGUGCCAUGGCUGCUUAUGUGGAUGAAAUUAAGAAAGUUGCACAAGAGGUUAUAGACACCAUGCAAAUCAAUGAGAAGACUGCAUCCUUUUUCUAUUAUUUUGAACCUCUCUAUCAUGUCAUCCAUGAUAUGCCCAGACCUCCAGAGGCACUUUUAUCUCUCAGAUCAGAUGGAAAUGCCAGAGAGCCAACUUAUGGUUGGGGUGAUCAUGAAGUGGAGAGGGAAACUCAAGAACCAGCUCUUCAACAGGAGUACACAGAGAUGGUUCCUGAAAGUCAACUUCAAUCUGAUAGUGCAGAGGCACAUGUGUCUGAGGUUCAGGGGCUGGCUAGUGACUCAGAGAGUGAAAUCUUCUGUGACUCAUUGGAACAGCUGGACACUGUUAAGGUGCAUCAUCACAGCCCUCUCUCUCAGGUGAUUCAGAUUGGAGCUGGACAUGGUGGUGAGGGGGCAGAAGAUAGGCAUGGUCCUCCCAUUAGGAGGAGAACCACAGGGAGAGAGGGGACGCAGCAGGGUUGGAGGAACCCCUCAGGAAUUCCUAGGCUACCUCAUCAGUGCAAGAGGGGUAAAAAUGGAUGACCGUAAGAAACAAGCAAUCACUUCCUGGCCUACUCCCAAGUCAAUGAAAGAUCUCCAGAGGUUCCUGGGCUUCCCAAACUUUUAUCGCCAGUUCAUUGAUCAGUACAGUAUGAUUACCACCCAAUUGACAUCUCUUCUCAAGGCUAAGCCGAAAACCACUCCAAAGGACUACAGAAGCUGAACAGGCCUUCCAGACAUUGAAAACCACCUUGAUCUACGGGCUUGACCACCAGUAAGAUCUACGUGUCUGAAGACCACCGUAUGCCCCUCAACUCUGAUGCUCAGAGUAAGAUACUCUCUCCCUCUGCGCCAUGACCAAGGUACCUCGACAACUACCUACCGGAAAGCUUCUCCUAUUACCGAUUUCUCGUCGCCCUUGGUCCCACACUGGGGUUGACUUUGUCACCGAUCUCCCAGUUUCGGAUGGUAAUACCUGCAUCCUUGUGGCCGUAGAUAGAUUCUCCAAAGCAUGUUGACUGAUUCCCCUGAAAGCCCUACCCACAGCCAUUGAAACAGCAGAACUUAUGUUUGAACAUGUAUUUUGUAACUUUGGCAUUCAAGAAGACAUUGUUUCGGACAAGGGGCCUCAGUUCAUCUCGAGGGUUUGGAGGUUGUUCUGUGCACUUCUAAAUGUCACAGUAAGUCUCACUUCCGGCUACCACCCACAGGCAAACGGUCUAACAGAACGCAAGAUUCAGGACAUCUGCUGCUUCCUCAGGACCUUUUGCCACCACAACCAAAAUCUUUGGAACCAGUACUUAGUCUAUCAACCUCCCAUGUUCCCCUGCUCUGGGGAACCGUCUGAUGUUCUCGCAGUGAACACCUUGUUCCGAAACAGCGAGAGAGUUUGGAACCAGGCACACCACCACCUUCAACAGGCUGUAAACCGCCAUUAACGCUUCGCGGAUGGUCACCGUCAGCAAACCCCUACCUACCAGCCUGGCCAACUAGUAUGGCUAUCCACACGGGACAUCCGAUUACGACAGCCCUGUAGAAAAUUAAGCCCAAGACCCGGUCCCUGACGACAACCCCCCAUUCCCACCCAUCGAUGCUGAACACAUCUACACGGUGAAGGAGAUCCUGGACUCCCGGCGUCGUGGUGGGCGAUUAGAGUACUUGGUGGACUGUGAGGAUUAUGGACCAGAAGAGAGGUGUUGGGUGCCUCAUCAAGAUAUUCUCUUCCCGAGUCUGCUCACAGAGUUUCACAUCCAGCAUCCAGAGAAACCCACUCCACGACCCGAGGCAGACCUCGACGACGCCAGAGAGCAAGGUCCCGCUGGCCCGGACCCUGGAGGGUGGGGUAGUGUCAGGGACCAGGCAUACCCAGUCCCAGCCAAUCCACAGCGCUCACGCUCCCCAGGGUACUAAUCACCCGCACCUGAUCACUCUCAGCAUGGCACUAUAAAGCACUCCGCUCAGCACCAGUUCACUGUCAAGCCUCCAAAAGGAAUCGACCUCACGAUCUUGUCUCCAGCUCACACCUCGACUUCGGAAGACCUCAAGAAGUAACGUAUACUUACCUUUGAGAAGCUAACCUGUGUGUCUUUGUUCUCCUGUCUCCAGUACGCCUGUGAUAAACCAGUUACCUGAAUUCCCUACGAUCUUCGAUAUCUCCUGUGUUCUCGUAAAGGUUCUCUGGGCAGUGGCUUCCCCUGUAAAAGCAAAGAGAUAAGUAUUAGUGUUCCGGAAUUGUGUGGCUUUAGCACUAUUCGGACGGGACUAGUUUUCUAAACUACGUUUGAGUUUCGAUUCUUACCACCUGACGUCUGCGAUUUUCAUGUACCAAUUCGGACGGGACUAGUAUCUCCGUGUUUAUUACAGAGGUGGGAGGGUCUGAUUUGUGCAUCUGGGCGUCACAGAGAUCACGCGCUCUGUAUGGCAUUCAGAAUGAAUGUUUAGCAAAACCAUGUUAAUGUGUGGUUCCUUAAGUUUAACUUGUUUUCCUUUUUUUUUAUUUUAUUUUAUUUUUUUUAAUAAAUGUAUUUAAAACAUUAUGUAACCGAGUGCAUAAAUGAACGCGAGUAAUCUUACCUGAUGCUGAUAUAACAAUAGCUGGUAUUAACAGUUUAAGUGAUCUUGCUCUUGAUUUUAUUAUUUAUUUAUUUAUUUAUUUUUUUUGCUUAAGCAAAUAUAUCAAACUUCCGCACGGUAAGAGCAUCUACAGUAAUUCAUGUUGGCCAAAACACACAAGGAAACGCGUUGUGAAAUAAAAUAUCACCGGCAAUCACAGACAUUCGCAUUCGGACAGGAUUAGUUUUCUCAGAGGAUCACUGAGUUUGCUGAAAAACAGUAGGUCAUUUCCUCUGGAAUUAUCACUGAGGUUGUGUGAGAAAAACACAGACGUGGCAGAUUCGGACGGGAUUAAAAUCACCAAGUACCAGUGUUGGGAGUAAUGCAUUACAGUAACAUAUUACUUUUUGCUGUAACGCAGUAGUGUAAGGCAUUACUAAUCAAUUUUCAGUAAUAUUUUACUCGGUUCAUGUUCAGUAAUGUUUGCGUUACAAUGCACUUUUAGCCCAAAAUUGUAUUUUUCAAAGAAAAGAAGAAGAAAAAAAAAAAAAAAACUAAAGACCG